AUGAAGACCAAUGCUUCUAUAGAUGAGACUGAAUUUAAUGAGAUAUUUCCCAACUUUGAUAAUGAAUACGAUUAUGCUUUAAUUAAUUAUAGUAAUAAGAAUGGGUAUGGGAUGCUGGGUUUUCAUCUUAGCACAUUUUGUUAUGGAUUUAUUAAUAGAGAACAUAAUGAUAUAGAAAAAAAAUUGAAGCCUUUUUACAAUUCUUGCAUGGAACUUGGUCGUUACUUAUAUCAUAUAGAAAAUGAGAAAUUAUCGGAAGUGGAAAAAAUACUUAAUUGUAUAUACUUCUCUUACAAACUAAAAAUGGAGCUAGGAAAAUAUUCAAGUAAUGAUAAAAAUUUGGUGGCCUUGUUCAAAAGAACUGUGAAGCCUAGUAUUAUUAACGAUGAGCAUAGAGAUGUCGAAACGUUUAUUCAAGUAUGUCAUGAAUUUGAUGAAUAUUCUGGUGAUGACGGAUCAGAAAUUUUGGAAAAUUUUAAAAAAGUAUAUAAUAUUAUAGAAGAAUUAAAGGAUAAUACUAAUUAUUGCACUUCAUGUAAACAGAAUUAUGAAGAAUAUAUGAGCUCCUUAGAAUCAAGUAAAUGUAAAGAUAUCAGUAGUUUUAAAUUUAUACUUGAAAAAAUUAAAAAUUUUUAUGAAUGUAAAUGCCCAUUAGAAAAAAAUGUACACUUGGAUCAUUAUCCGACUGUUGAACAAAUAAGUGAAAAUACAGAAAAUAACUCGAUGAAUGAUACAAACAAUAUAGCAGAAACAAACCCAAAAAUAUCACCUAAUGAAGGAACAAAUACACUGCUAAUAAAUGAACCAUUUACUAACGAAUUGACAGAAACAAUUACAAGUGUAAAUAUAGGAACUUUUUCUGUAAUAUCUGUAAUAUUAAUAUUAAUAUUUAUAUUAUAUAAAUACACUCCAUAUGGAUCAUAUUUACUAAGACGUAUAUUGAUGUCAGGGAGAAGGUUGAACAGAAGAUAUAAAGAUCAUUUAAAUUUAAUGGAAUCAUUUGAUAAGACAUAUAACAAUUCAAUUGAUGACAGGUAUAGUAUAGCAUAUAAGUCAGAAUACUACUCCUAA